AUGCCAACGACAGCGUGGACGAGACAACAGCAGCGUUCGCUGCAGGGCGCCUCAACUGCCACCAUGCAUCACACUCAGCAACGACCAGCGACAAAUUUGCGACUGCAGAAGCAGCAUUCGUUCACCGAGGCCAACAGGACACAGCAUACCGCUGGCAGCAGUGGCCAUUUAUUGACCGCGCGUAGACCUGGCAGCGGCUACUUGACACGUGGUCUGUCAGUGGAUCGCUCGCUGGAGAGUAUACGCCAAAAAUUGGCAAUACAAAAACCAGCAGCAGCAGCAGCACAUGAUGCGCAGAAUAAGCGAAUGAAUAAAGCCUUGAAGAGUGGCGUGGAAAAAUUUAAAGGUAUCAAAAAUCAAAGAUUGACAGAGGGGAAGUAUAGCUGUGUGCGUGCGGGUUCAACAUCUUCAUUGUUAAAAACUUUGGAUCAGGAGCUGCGACAAGUGAAUGGUCAGUUGGGCCAGCAGUACGGUAAUUGUAAUAGUGCGUUUGAUCCAACGAGUGCUAAAAAGAAUACAGGGGCAGAGUGCAUCAACAAAAACAACCCAAAUUCUCCGUUACCGUCGUCCGAGCGUGAGGACGAAAUUGCAAAUUCUUCGGCAACACUUAAAAGUGAUAGCAGCAAAGUAAACCUGAACAUUGUGCUAUCGCAUGCGAUUAACUACAGACCACCAAACGGCAACGAGUCCAACAACAGCGAUAUUGACAGUUGUUCCGAAGGCGCUGAGGGCAACCGUAUAAACAAGUCUUCAGUGCGCACCUUGCGCACCGAUUUGCCUGCUAGAGUUAAUAUAGCCGCAAUUUCGCCAUCUGCCACCACAACUACUUCGACGACUGCAACUGUAAGUGCCAAUGCCACUAUUCAACAACGUCGCGCACAAUUUCGUACGAGUCGCAAUCUCUCCAUAAAUACUAGCACCACAACAAGAAGCGUGCCACCAGCAGCAUCGAGUAGUAAUACCGCUUUGUCGAUUAAUCAAAACGAUUUAAUUGUCGCAUCCGCGACUUCCAAUAACACUGCUGCUGGUGGCACUUUAAACGUCUCACCAUCUCUAAUUGUACAACGUCGUCCGCCCUUGGUGCGUGCUAUGUCCGCGCCAGUACGCUCACGUUCGCUCGACGAGAAUACCAAAGGUGUGCUGGCGUUUCAGAAACGCAAAUUGCGGCGCCGUAAACUAAUUUCGCGCAACCCAAGUCUUUGCGAAAAGUCUGAAAUAAGUGCUGGUGAGGCAGAUAAAAAUGAUGUACUCUUCGAUUUGAAUGCACCUAGCGGAAAGAAGCAACCGAUAUCACGUACGCGUUCCACGCUAGCGGUCGAUGUAAUCACAUUGGUCUCACUGGUUAGCUCUGAGGGUAGCGAUUCGGAAAAGGAAGAUUCUGCACCGGAAACCGGACGUAGCAAUGCGGAACGUUCACGCAGCACUGGCAUGCCAUCACUACGAAAAACUGGCAAAUCAGUUUCUUUCCAAGAGAACUAUCCUCCAAACUUUCAACUAGCCACAAAGGAAUAUUCGCAUAUGAUACGACGCGGCUCGAUUGCUCCCUUGGCUGCACGUUUACGUUCCAAUCGACCGCCAACAGCUCCACCAGUUUCAAUCUUCAUGACUGAUUCGACCGCUAACGCUACCGCUAAUGCAAUGACUACAAUAACAGGUAAUAAUUUUGAAAAUAACAGUGGCGGCGACGCAAACGCAAACACUUGCAUUGAAGGCUCGCAAAGCUCGAACAAUAUCACCGAACCCACAUGUGAUGUUAAACUAAAUACAGAGGAAUAUGUUUACCCCGAUUAUGUGCGCAGUUUGAAGGAACGUGAAUGUUGGAAGUUAUAUCGGAAAAUGUCCGUUAAAGGCGUUACAGUUUCAUAUGACACUGUGCUGCGCGGCAUGUUGACACCGACUGAGUUUCGGCAAAUACAGAAACAACGUGAAAUAGAAGAAGCUAAAGCACGCGCAUUAGAGGAGGAAAAGGAGGCUGGCUUAGAGCAAACGCCCCCAACGUCGGCUGUAGAUCGUUUAACGCAGAAAUUGUUGAAAAAGUAGUUGAAAAUGUUAAAAUGUUAUGUACUUAGUGUUUUAGAAACAUAAUUAUUCAAAGGAUGGCUAUUGAGAAAGCAUUCCUCGAUUUCCGUGCUGA